UCAUUUCUUGGUGGGCACAGUAUGGUGGUGGCUUUACUCUUUGCUUUGUUGGGUUAUGCGCAAAAUUUGAUCUUGAUAGUUUUCCCACAAGUGGGUUUGGCAUUAUUCUAUUCCCAUCACUACCCAAUUCCUCAAAAACUUUUCUUUAAUCUGUUUUGAGGUGACAUUUUAGGUAUUCAAUUCUAAGUCUCUUUGAAAAAGAAUUUCUUGUGUUUCUAAAUGCUAAAAAGUAUUGGGUUUUGGGGUUCUGUUUACAAGGGUGAUGCUUUCAUUCUUGCCAAAACUUCAUGAAGAUCAUGGCUUAAUAUUUUAAUUGCCCGUUAUGUGUUCGCUGAAAUGAUUCUUUGAACUCCCUAAGAUCUUGCUGGUAGCUGAUGCCUGCUUUGCAAAAACUAUGAAAGAUGCUUGCUGUCCACCGCUGUGAGGGGUUCUUCAUCUGACUCUAAGAUGCUGUUCUGUGUUGCAGAUAUCUCCUGUCAAUAUUCGGUCAUACGAAGCAUAUAUCCUCCCAUUUUCGAGAUCUUAUUACCCUCGCAUUGAACUGCUUGUGCUGAGAGAGUUGGUCCCCACGCUGUGAGUCCUUAUAUUCUUCAUUUCUCGGGCUCUUUAGCUAGAUUUUGGGGGUUAUGUUUGAGCUUAGGGUUAGGGGAUGCCAGCUAAUGAACACAGGGUAGUUUAGUUUUACAGUGUAUCAGUUGAGUAGCGUGGAAGCAUAAAGUUUCAAAGGAGAAGCUGAUUUUGGCAGGAUGAAGUUCAUGAAACUUGGAUCCAAGCCGGAUUGUUUUCAGUCAGAAGGAAAGAAUGUCAGAUAUGUUGCUUCUGAGUUGGCUUCCGACAUCGUGGUUUUUGUAGGAGAUGUGAAGUUCUACUUGCAUAAGUUUCCUCUUAUGUCCAAGAGUUCUUGUCUGCAAAAGCUGAUCGCAAACUUGAAUGAAGGAAAUGGUGAUGAAGUUCGCAUUGAUGAAAUCCCCGGAGGGUCAAUGGCGUUUGAAAUAUGCGCCAAGUUUUGUUACGGUGUGACUGUUACGCUGAAUGCUUACAAUGUGAUUGCAGCCCGUUGUGCUGCAGAGUAUCUAGGAAUGAACGAAAACAUUGAGAAAGGGAACCUCGUUUACAAGAUCGAUGUUUUUCUGAACUCGAGUAUUUUCAGGAGCUGGAAGGAUUCCAUAAUAGUUCUGCAGACCAUGAAGCCUCUGUUACCUUUCUGCGACGAACUGAAUCUGGUCACCCAUUGCAUCGACGCCAUAGCUUCCAAGGCAUCCACAGACGUAUCCCGGGUGGACUGGUCCUACACCUAUAACAGAUUCAAGAUUCCCGAGGAGAAUGGCAAUGAUCAUAACAUGAAUGGUUUGAGAAGCAGAGCGGUGCCAAAAGAUUGGUGGGUCGAGGAUUUAUCUGAGCUUGAAGUCGAUUUAUACAAGCAGGUUAUUGCCAGUAUCAAGAAAAAAGAAAUUGUUUCUAAUGAAGCCAUUGGAGAAGCUCUAAAAGCUUAUGCUUCGAAAUGGCUGCAAGGCUAUGGAAGCAUCCAGAACAACGACGCUUCCAAAUAUCAGUCUGUAUUGGAUACGAUCGUGUGGCUUCUACCCCGAGAGAAAGGUAGCAUCUCCACUAGUUUCUUGCUGAGAUUGUUAAAAGCGUCCAUUUCACUCGAUUCUGGAGAAAUGGCACAGAGGGAACUGAUAAAAAGAAUAGGCCACCAACUGGAAGAGGCCUCUGUUAACGAUCUUCUGAUCCGAACCUCAGAUUCAGAAACAACCUUGUAUAAUGUCCAUGUAGUCCAGCAAAUACUACAAGAGUUCAUGAUGAGCGAUCAGGACUCCGAAACGAAACUAGAAAAUGGCAACGAGAUUCAGGAGGUUAGAAAGCCACCGGGGAUUUUGUCUGAAGCUUCGAAGCUGAUGGUGGCAAAGUUAGUGGAUCUCUACCUUGCUGAGAUUGCAAAAGAUCCUAACCUGACUUCCUCAACGUUCCUCGGUUUAGCAGAGAUGGUGUCUAGCUUUCCACGACCUUCUCACGAUGGUCUUUAUCGUGCAAUUGACAUAUUCCUCAAGGAUCACCCCGGGAUCAGCAAGAGCGAGAGGAAGAGAAUCUGCAGGUUGAUGGACUGCAAGAAGCUUUCUGCAGAUGCAUGCAUGCACGCAGUUCAGAACGAGAGGCUCCCUCUGCGUGUCGUUGUGCAGGUGCUGUUCUUCGAGCAAGUCCGGGCUAAUGCAUCAUCCGGAAGUAGCACGCCCGACCUGCCAAAAGCCAUAAAGGACCUCAACUGUGCCUCCUAUGGCAGCUCGAGAUCUGCAACGACUACGACCGAGGAAGACUGGGAUGGCGUCGCCUCUGCUGACGAGCUCAGAGCUUUGAAAGGCGAGCUGGCAGCUUUACGGUUGGGAAAUGCAGGAAUGGCUGAUAGAGCCAAUGGAGAUACUACUAAGACUGUCGCCUCCUCCGACAAGGCUGCUGCCAUCAGUAAAAUGAAAGGCUUACUUGUUUCGAAGAGGAUCUUCUCCAAAAUCUGGUCUAGUAAAGGUGGAAAUGGGGAGAACAGUGGCUCUGAUUCGUCGGAAAGUCUGGGCUCUACCACCAUGGAAGAAGCAAAAUCCACCCCUUCAAGGAAGGGCAGAUAUUCUGUUUCUUAGUUCAAUAUCUGAAGAUGUAUAGAUAUCUAAGCUUAUAGCCUUAUUAGUUCACAGAAUGACAGUUCCAUUCCAGGUCAAAUCCAAAAGGAAUUGCCAUUCUCAUUUUCACUUAGACAUGUUUUCUAGGGCUAGUUUGAGCCUAACCAUUAGCAAUAUGGUUUCACAAGGAAGAUCACUGUACUUUGGACCCAUAAUACAAAUUGCAUGAGCCAAAAAACAAUUAAGCGGAUUGUUAAUAUAAUUGCAAGACUAGAAGAUUGAUUA